CGCUCGCCGCCCCCACCCUUCUUCCUCCGUCCGGUGGCCGCGCCCCCGCCGCUCCCUCGCCGCCCCCGAGACAAAGAGCCCGGAAAGUUCGCGCGGCGAGUGGGCCAGGUGAGGAGGGCGCGCCGCGGAGGCCCGCCGAGCCCCCGGCCCGGCGCCCGGGGCCGAGCGCGAAGCCCGCGCCCGCCUGUCCGCAGCCGCACGCAGCCGGCGCCGCCCGACCGCCAAGCCCCCAGCCCGCCAUGGGCGCCGCGGCCCGCAGCCUGCGGCUGGCGCUCGGCCUCCUGCUGCUGGGGACGCUGCUUCGCCCGGCCGACGCCUGCAGCUGCUCCCCGGUGCACCCGCAACAGGCGUUUUGCAAUGCAGAUGUAGUGAUCAGGGCCAAAGCGGUCAGCGAGAAGGAGGUGGACUCUGGGAAUGACAUUUACGGCAACCCCAUCAAGAGGAUUCAGUACGAGAUCAAGCAGAUAAAGAUGUUCAAAGGGCCCGAGAAGGACAUAGAGUUUAUCUACACGGCCCCCUCCUCGGCAGUGUGCGGCGUCUCGCUGGACGUCGGCGGGAAGAAGGAGUAUCUCAUCGCAGGAAAAGCCGAGGGGGACGGCAAGAUGCACAUCACCCUCUGUGACUUCAUCGUGCCCUGGGACACCCUGAGCAGCACCCAGAAGAAGAGCCUGAACCACAGGUACCAGAUGGGCUGCGAGUGCAAGAUCACGCGCUGCCCCAUGAUCCCCUGCUACAUCUCCUCCCCGGACGAGUGCCUCUGGAUGGACUGGGUCACGGAGAAGAACAUCAACGGGCACCAGGCCAAGUUCUUCGCCUGCAUCAAGAGAAGCGACGGCUCCUGUGCGUGGUACCGCGGGGCGGCGCCCCCCAAGCAGGAGUUUCUUGACAUCGAGGACCCAUAAGCAGGCAACAGCACCCCUGUGGCCGACUGAAAGCCUCCAAGGGUUUAGACUGGUCCAGCUCUGACAUCCCUUCCUGGAAACAGCAUGAAUAAAACAGUCAUCUACGCGGGUCCAAAUUAGUAUGAUUCCGCCCCCACCCCGAUUUCCUUUUACACACGGUUGUGGGUCUGGAGGGAGAGGCGGGCCGGGGGCCCCACCCCGCACUCCCUGUGCAGCCUGGCACUCCCUGUGUGUCCUGGUCUCUGGUCCUGGGGUGCGGGCGGGGGCAGGACACACAGACUUCCCCCCCAGGCCCUGCCUUGGCACCGUGGCAGAUGCCGUGCAGGCAGCCCCCUGUGGGCCUGGUCAGGGCAGAGUCAGGAAACGUGCGUUUUGCAGAAACGUCUGAGGGUUGUUGCAAGACUGUGUAGCAGGCCUACCAGGUCCCUUUCACCGGAGGGGGCAUGUCCCUCGUUUCUGCAGCUGCCACACCUCUGGCCCCAGGUAGCAUUCCUUGCCCCCUUGUAAGUGCCCCCAUCUCCCCUGCGCCCACCAGGGGCUCCCGGCACCUGUGACUCCCCCAAGUCCAGGAGCAGCCCUGGAACCAGCGGCCAGGUUCUUGAGGGAGCCCCACUUAAUCCUAGUAACCCACAGAAUGCAGCGGAGCCCCUCUCCUGGCCACACAGAGAUGUGGCAGCGAGAGGCCUCACUGAGCCAUGUUUCAGCUUCAGCCAACUCCUGUUGGUCUCCCCAAAUGCGCAGCCCCAGGGGGUGGGGUCUGUGCAAUGCUGUCCUGAGGGCGGGCAUCUGGGGGUCGAGUGGCUGCCCUUAGAGUUUCCUCCUGAGCUUCCGAGUGCCCCUGCUUCCUCCCCUGCUGGCAUCAGGCGUCUGGACCGGGUUGCACGGCUUGGCUUUGCCCGGGGUGUGCGGGGCCGGUGGCAGGGGCUGGCUGGGUCUCACUGUGCCCCGACAGGGUUAGUAUAAUCUCCCGCAAAGACUGACAGCCCCCAUCCUACGUGUGGAUUUCUGCAGGUGACGUUAGCCAAGCACAUUAAGAAGUCCGACCUAGGGAGGGAAGAAUUCUGGAGGUAGGUAGCUCUGGCGACACCUCACUUCUGUCCGAGCCUCCAGGGCACUACGGCCUGUGUUAAGAGACAUCUCAUUUUUCUAAAGGUGAAUUCUCAGAGAACACGUGAACCUGAGUUGCAAGUAUACCAACCGCUGCUUGUAUUUCUUAUAUUACAAAGAUUACCCGGUUAAGGAACUUCUUGGGGAACCGGUGUGUUCUCUAAGGAUGGUUUUCUGAUGCCAGUAAAGUGGGAGUUAAGAUAGGCAGAACUUCCUCAAUAAUGCUAAAGAUAAUCUCUUUUUUCCUCCUACCUGUGUUAUAAGAUAAACUGUUCUGAGGACACACGUGCGCAUGACGUUGCCAUGCACACAUGGGGCACGCACACGCACGGUGGAACUGAAGUCAGGCAGCCUGUGCGUGGUCCUUCUGCAAAAUGCUUCCAAAUCUUCUCAGCCUGCUCUGUUCUGCAGCGACCCCAAAGCGACUGUAAGACUCCUGACCCCCAGUGGCACGUAGCCCCCGCGCCCGCACGGGACCCGGUCAGCACAGAUCUCGAUGACUUCCCUUUCUAGGGCGGGCCGGGGGAUACCCAGGCAUCUGCCCCUGCCCCGAGGGCGUUUCAUGCUGUGUAGUAGUAAGAAGUUGGUGAGAUGUCAUAAUGGACCAGUCGUGUGAUUUCAGUAUAUACAACACCAGACCCUCCACUCAAUAUGACACCCCACCCCCGUUCGCUUCCUGUAUGGUGAUAUCAUAUGUAACAUUUACUCCUGUUUCUGCUGAUUUUUAAGAUGUUUUGGUUUGUUUUUGACAUCCGCUGUAAUCAUCCCUGUGCUGUGUUUUAUUACCCUUGGUAGGCGUUAGACUUGCACUUUUUUAAAAAAGGUUUCUGCGUCGUGGAAGCGUUUGACCCGGAGCGGAAGGCGCAGCGUGGUCGCCAGCCUGUGAUGGCGGAUUCCUUCAGAGCUUUUCUGUGGUUCUUGGAGUAGCUUUGCUUUUUUCCCACCUCCCACCUUUGGUUUUCUGGUUCAAAUUAUUACAAAGUAAAGGAUCUUUUGAGUAGGUUCUAAAAGAUGAUCUUUAUAUUUGGUCCAUGCACAUUGGUCUUCUGACCAUGCUGAGUGGAAAAAAACAAAAAACAGAUCAAGAUGAAGUGCCCGGUGGCAGCUGAGAGACGAAGCCACUCAGAUACCGUCACAGUAAAUGACUGCGAUAUAUAUAUAGUCUAAGCAGGACCACGCGGCGCCGUUUAAUUUAUGUUACAUUCUGAGCUCUGCUCCUUUCUCCCUCUGUUCUUUUCAUCCUGCAGGCAACUCAAAAUAUUUAAAAUAAAGUUUACAUUGUAGCUAUUUUCAAAUCUUUGCUUGAUAAGUAUUAAGAAAUAUCGGACUUGCUGCCAUAAUUUAAAGCUUUGUUGAUUUUGUUUGUUUUUGUUUGGAUUUGGGGGGGAGGGGGGAGCAAUGUGUUUAUGCUGGAAUAUGAAGUCUGAGACCUUCCUGUGCUGGGAACACAUGAGAGUUGUUGGAAGUCGACAAGCAGACUGCGCAUGUCCCUGAUGCUUUGUAUCAUUCCUGAGUGAUCACUCGGUCCAUGGACAAUAAACAGUAUUAUCAAAGAGAA